AUGGGCAUUCAGGCCGUCCACCAAGCACAGAUUCGCGCAGAAGAUACUCGCUAUGAGGCCACCGCGUUUUCACAGCGAAGGUAUCCAACAGCACCAUCUCACCAGUGCUACCGAGAGACGGUGAAGCUUGCCGAGCGAGAUGUGGAGGUGAAGAAGCGUGUUGGACGUCUGCGUGACAUGGCCAAAGUCAAGUUCUCGAGGCAGUGGAUUGAGCGCCGGACUAGGUGGCUCAGAGGACAUGCCAUGGCAAGCAAAGCGAACGAUGCAUUCAAGGUAACGCUCAACAACAAGCAGAAGAACGCACAGGCACGCAUCCAUGAUCGCAAUCUUCGGGUGGCGAAAUUAAUCGAAGUGAAGAAGGAGUUCAAAGCGUUGAGGCGAUUGAUGAACCGCCUGGCUGAAAAGAGAGAGGUCAGACGCCGUGAGCAGCGGCGGAAGGAUGUUGUGCAGCGGCUGACUUCCUUUGCAGAUGAGGCUGAGGCUGUGCAGUUGAGGACCAGAGACAGAGAGGCAGCUAGCACGCCGAAGGGGUGGAGAGCGAAACGCCCGCAGCAUUUAUCUUUAGCGGCCACAGCGUCUCCGGAGUCAACGGCAACUUUGCCGACCUUGCCCAGUCCCACGUCAAGUCUGGUGUCGUCGUCGACAUGCGGAGGGGAGAGGAGACAGUUGAAGCGUUUCCCUCGAUUUGACUUUGGCCGCUUUGGGGCAGAAUCAUUGACGACUGGAGCCAGCGGGCCCAUGCAGAAGAGCGCCUCCUUGCCACCCUGA